AUGUUUUAUUACGCGAGUAGAUCAGUUUGUCAGGAGGUCUCCAGGCGCGAACCAAUCAGUGACUGGACAUUCAACAUCCUAGAUCUGCUUAUCGGGACCGUUUCUCAAGACUUUGUGUUAGAUGUGACGACCGGUCUUGGAGGCCAGCGGCCUCACGUUGUAGCGUCUCAGUUUUGGGCGAUCGACGGAGACAUCAAUCUGUUGUAUGAGAUCUUUGACCUGGUGGUAACAGGGAGGGAUACGACAGCCGGGUUGGAGACCGCAAGCUCGUUCCUGAGGACACUUGCCGAUGCGCUGACCUACAACAACUUGUACGUCGAUGAUGUCGUAGCUACUAUCGGCAGGCCGGAUUAUCACUGGGACUCACCUAACACCACGAGGCUUCUUUCAGGCACAGUCUGGGUUGAAAAGGACUCGGUUCAUGUCCGCUGGACGUGGUUGACCCUCCCCAUCGCAUUGAACGUCGCAGGCAUCCUCUACCUCGCCUUGUCGGUGUUCUACACGCGCAGACAUCAUCUCACGCUGUGGAAGUCCUCGAUAUUAGCCACACUCUAUCACGGUCUGCACCAGAAUCUCCUCCAACCAGACCAGGCUUACAAAAGGGCAAGCGACAUGGUGGAGGCUGCCUCCGCUCUCUCCGUGAGGCUCGUCCCAUAG